AUGGAUCUCCUGAAGAAACACUUGUCAUUUGCAUGCAUGCACGCCUUCGAGGAUAUCGGAGUCCAAGAACUCGAAGAGGAGUUGCACCGCAAGAUUCCGCAAGCAGAGUGUCAUUGCGAGUAUUCCUGCUCUGAAGAUGUACUCGUCAUUAAGGGCAAACUUGAAGGGCAUAUUGUCGCCAUCUCUGCUGUGAUUUCUUCUUUCAUCGAAAAGCAAAAGAGCAAGGACUUGCUGGAUACACCCCGCCUUCGCGUGUUGGAUCUGCCGUCAGUAGUACAAAAUACUUCAUCCGCAGUAGAUGAUCCCCAAUGGGUUGGUAAUGGAGGCCUCCUGACCCUGGACGAUGACACGGGAGCAUUCAUACCUCACCCUCGGACUCAAAUCACCAAACUUUGGCUGUCAUCUGUCGGUGGUGUAGGUUGUUUUGCCGCCAAUAUGUAUCAGGAGAUGCUUGGAGAAGUUGCAAAAGGUACCGGCACAGAUAUAACUGUCCUUGACGAGCUAAAAGGUCUACAAGUCUCGGGUGGCAGAGAAACUGAUGUAGAUGACGCAUUAGCAAAGCUUACACGGAUUGAAGCCCCUCUGUUACUUCUUGACAACCCAAUCAUUGCCAACAUUGCAGUUGACCAACUUCAAGAAGAUUCUGGAUACAGGAUUCAGCCAUAUGCUGCCUUAGGCCCAGUGGCUGUUCGUCGAAUUCUCGCCGAUCCAUCUUUUGGCAUCCUAGGUCAAAUGUUCGUUACCGUUUUCUAUUCCUUCGACGAGGACUAUCAAAAGUAUAUCCCGCCACCGAACCUGGUAGAACCCCCUCUCUGCAACAGUGAAAACGAGAAUUCCCGCAUUUGGAGUGAUUUUUCGUUCCAGCCGUUAGGCAAAGCGGAUGAUUUUCUGGCAUUAGAAUCAGUGAUGGAAAACAGUCAGGAUGAAUGUCAGCCAUUGCCACUAAAAGACAUAACCGGCCAUCCCUAUCUCUCUCCGGAGAAGGCAAAGCAAGUUAAUGAAUGGGUCGUACCAGCAGCCUCGAUGCUCGACCCAUCCACAAGCCAAUCACCGGAAAGUGUUGUGUCGCGUCAACUCGAAUCCCUAUCACAAAGACCUACAGGGCACACCAGUCUCAAGGCACCUGGUAUCAAAGUGCGACGACCAGUACAGCCUUCUCAAGUGGAUUCGACCUCGAAAACCCAAAGCGUGCCACUUGAAGUUGCCUAUUCUGAAUCACAGGUAGAACCAAGUGGCAAAAUAAUAUCAAACACACCUCGAAAAAAAUGGAAAAUGAAAUACGAGCCAAAUCUGGGUAGCUCUGAUGCCCCCCAGUCUUCAGGUAUCCAAGUUGAGAAAGAUAUUGGCAAUCGUAAACCCCUCGAGAAACCCGUCAUUUCGAAUACCCCGAAGCCGGAAGGCACCUCACACGUCCCUAUAAAAUCCGACUCCACCAAGUACGGUUUGAAUAUGUGCCCAACAAAAGCGAUCAAACCUGACAUUGCCCAUACGAAGGCCGAAAAAGGUGGUCGAAACAAGCAAAUGAUAAGAAGCAAACCACCCAAAAAGGAUGAACUAAUUGACGUACGGACGCCGGUCAAUGCGACUCGAUUGGACCAUCCUCCUCUUCUGUUCAAUACACCUGCACUCAUCCCCGAACCCUCAAUGUCUGUUACUGGAACACCAGAACCUGCUGAUGCCUCUGGAAAACGCCCUAUAACAUCCCUCGGUACACACUUUACUGAUCUUGCUGGAUUGAACAUUGCUGGGGCCACCGAUGUUGGCGAAUCAACCAGUUCAAUGUCAAUGCGAGAUAGUUCUUCAAGUAAAUCUAAUUUUCCCGAGCAGGACACGAGACUACAAAAGUUGAAACUUGCAUAUGAUAAUCACCUGUCAUCAACCGUCUCAAAAAGCUUUGUCAAACCGCGCAAGCGCCGCGGGGAUGUCAAUAGGUUGCUCGAAAAGCAAGUCAUAGAUGACUAUGAAAGGUCUCAAAGGUCCGAAGCUGAGCAGUCUGUGCGGGAAACAGAUAAUAGGCAGUACCAUCAGAUUAUGAAUCAAAAAGCGGGAAAGCCUGCCCAGAAAUCGAAGAGCAAAAUAGCAUCUGCGGCCAAAAAGCAGGCCACCCUCGAAGACGCUUGGGGCAUGCCAAAGCAGAAGAAGCGGCUCGGAUCCUCGAAAACGCAGAACCCGUCUAUAAAGGGUGAUUCUGUGGUUCCAGCAACAACCGAAACGGAGCAAAAAGCGAAGCGAAAUGUGGGCGAAGACAUUGAGCGCGUGUUUGCGGCAAUGAAGCCAAUGCUUGAGGCCGCCGAGGCAUUUCCCGGCAUGCUAGCGCUCGAGGUACAGCUGGGGCUUGUUCUUAUCCCGUUUGUUCCCAAAACGUCUGGUGAUAAAUUAAUAUCGUUAAGCGAAUGGUCAAGAAUCUUCCAGCUUCAAUCUGGAUUGACCGCGCCGAGUACCAAGUUUGUGAACAGACUGACAGCUUGUGGUGCCGAGAUUGACCGAAUUGUCGACCUCAAAACCUCUAAAUCUGUAGGACGAUCGCGCUUAUUCCAGCAAGAAUAUAGCGAGUACGAAAUUUGCUAUGAGUUCCACUGUCGAACAAAUGCCAAUGAACUGCUCAUCAUCGCUGUUGAUGAACAAGGCGGCUAUACAAUUCAGACUCCGAAAUCGACCAUUGGAGCGGUAAAUAUGCACUUUCCCCGGAAGGUAUGGGAUGCUAGGGCAGUUCUUUUUGUUCAGAACCGGCAUGAUUCUCCGGAAGUUGAAGAAGCUGCAAAGUACCUCGCAGACCAUAUUUGGAUCCCGGCUGAAAAGUCUAUUCGUGUUCACACCACGCUCCCAAAGGGCAGCAAGAUUGCUAUCCAAAAGGUGUUCAUGAAGCGCUGGACUCGCCAUCGGUACUGUCGUACCGACGAAGCCUUGGGCCGUGAGCACAAAGCAAGCGAAGAUCACGAUAUUUUCCUUCAAGUUAUGGAGGUCCAAGAUCUCUUCAUUGGCACCGUAACCCAGGAUUUGUCGGAAAUGGAGUAUAUCAGAGCCCGCUAUACGAAACCGGAAGAAAUGGUCUGCAGGGGUAGAGUUUGGUACGAGCUUUCACUUGUCAGCCCUGCUAUCGAGACUAUUUUGAAGACCAAUAUGAACCUCGAGGUUGGUGAGCGCACCGAGGACUGGCGUGGUCCGGAUUUGUUUGGAAAUACUGCUGCUUUCUUCACUGGACAACCCCCAAGCCCAGUAGCAACGGCAAUCGGCUCUGCUGGAAUCGCUGAACUGUGCCAAAUUGCAAAGGAAGUUGUACACAAGAUGGACGGAGUUGGAACCUGUAAUCGUGGCCCAAUGAGCGCCGAAACGCAGCGGGUUCCCGUGAUUAACAGCCAAGGGAACAAGGGUUGGAGUCAUGAAGAUCUCGAGAGUGCCAAAGAGGUGGAAAGCGUAGUUGCAAGAAUGAACGAAGGUCCAAUGGAUGUUGCAGUCAUCAAAAGAGAGCAGGCAGAAAGGGGAUUUUGGUAG